UCUCUCGUUCUCUCUCUCUCUCUCUCGUUCUCUCUCUCCCCACUCCUCCUUGAAACCACCUAACUUCCGGCCACACUCUCCCUUCCUCUACCUGCCUUCGUGUGCCUCUUAUCCAGCGUACAGAUUCCAAUCGGUUCCGUGUCCCAACCACAUGUAGGUCCGGAAGGUGUGUGGAUUUUAUCGGCUUGGUUUGGAAUCACAGUGGGCAUCCCGUUUGUCCUGCGGCUCCUCCCGGCGAGUGGUUCCGAAAAGUGCCUGGCAGAGUUUCUUGAAGGGUCCGACAGCGGCGGUAGUAGGGGGACACUUUUAACCCCCCCACGCACGCUGGACAAAGAAAGAAGUGGGGUGGGGGGCUAAAUUGGAAUAACGGAGAGGAAAAUGAUGGAGAAUUACGUCUUGGCGCUGCUGUGGGCUACGCUCAUGUUCGAUGGGUGCUGGGCUCGGGUGGUGACGGUACCUCCCGGCCCCUUGAUUCGUGUGGAGAGUCAGCCAGUCUCCAUCCGAUGCGAUGUCAAUGACUACAUGGGACCUCGUGAGCAGGACUUUGAAUGGGUGAUGUCCCGGGAGGCCAACGGCCAGCGUAUGAAAAUCAUCUCGACCUUUGAUGCCACUUACUCCCACGGGUCAUUCAGCAAGCGCGUGGCGUCCGGUGACAUCUCAGUGAUGCGUCUCCAGGACAACGUGGUGGAACUGAAGAUAGCCGAGGCCAAGUCGCAAGACGCCGGCUUCUACUGGUGCCAAACGCCGAGCACCGACUCCGUCAGCAGCGGCAAUUAUGAGGCGCAAGUCCAACUCCUUGUCAUCCCCAACACGCUCAAGGUGAGCCCUCAGUCUCCGCCCUCUGUCAUCCCCGAGGGUAGUGAUGUCACGCUCUCUUGCAACGUCACCCGGGAACUCACCCAGCCCACUUACCUGGCCGUCACCUGGUCGCUGAAGAGGGGAGGAACAUCGGAGGACAUUUUGACUUUUGGCCCUCAGGGCGAUGUGGUGACGGGGGCCAAGUACACGCGGCGUUACGCCGACGGAGCCAUCCGUUUGGCGCCCGGGAAGAACGGAUUGUUUGAAUUGGUCAUUUCCAGAGUGACGACAUCCGAUGAAGGGAUUUACCAAUGCAACGGAACUGAGUGGACACAUGAAAAUGGCGGGAAAUGGAUUCAAAUUGUGGGCAGCGCAAAGGAAAUGGGAGCUGUUGCUGUUACUCCGACAGGUCAGUCCCUGACUGUGAAGGCCUCUUCGUCUUCUUCACCCCCCUCGGCGAAUCUGCACCUCACCCCCAAUGACAAACUGACACUGCUUUGCUCCGUCGCUGCCGACAAUCUGCCCUCCCUGUCCCUGGAGGUGUCCUGGCUGGCCAACGGCCGGGAUAUCAUCACCAUGGAACGCAGCGGGGUGGUGAUCUCCAAUAUGUCGGCCGGCUCGGCGCAAGGAAAUCACGGCGAGGCUAGUAUAGAGAGGACCGGCGCCAACCAGUACAGGUUGGCGGUGAGGCAAGUGAGCACUGAGGACGGAGGAGCUUAUGCCUGCCGCAUCCGGGCCUUCAUCGAGAAAGGAGGAAAGAGUUCGGGGGGAGGAGGACGCUGGCACAUGGCGGCUGAGAAGACAUCCAGUCCGGUGAUGGUGAAGGUGUCGCAGAUCAAAACGAGCUUCGAGCUGGAUAUUGAGACCAUCGUUCACCCCCAGAUGACCGGCGAACCGACAGAGUUGGCUUGCCAUGUAACCAAUAUUACACACCUUCCCUUGGGAGGCCGGCUGGGAGUUACGUGGGAGCACAUUCCUCUUCCCGGCGCUGCCAGUGAACCUCAGGCUUCACAAUCUGUUGGUUCUACGGACGGCUACGGCAAUCUUCUGCCCGGUGCAAUGUAUUCGGACCGACUGGAAAGCGGCACGAUGGCACUGAGUAAAAUCCAGCCCAACACCUUCAAACUGCGAUUCCUGCGCACGCAGGAGAUCGACAUGGGCCAGUACGUUUGCGCCGUCUCGGCGUGGAGCAUCGACAACCAAGGCGAUGCGGUGAAGACUGCUGAGCACCAGAGCUUGCCGCUGACUGUGCGAUGGGACACCAAACGUCCCUCGCUGAACGUGGUAGCCAAACGCGUCCGUGAGGCUUCUGUGGGCGGCGCUACCUUUGAGAUGAGCUGCACGGUGGUGACCCAGAACCUCGGCGAAGCGGGUUAUUCGGUGCUGGUCCAAUCGCAAGAAAGCCCCGAAAGCAACGUGAGGACCAUCAUGACCCUCAGCCCUGACAGCGUCGUGCAGCACGGCGGAGCCACAGACCCAAACAGGAGAGACAGUCUGGUUUUGACCAAGUCCGGCCCAGCUGAGUUCCGGUUUCGCCUCGGAGGCGUCCAGUUGUCGGAUCGAGGUUUCUACUGGUGUGACAUCACCGCGUGGACGAAGCAACAGCCGGGUCAAACGUGGACCAGAGCCACGAGCGCAGAGUCCAACAAAGUCAAGAUCGACUUCCAAGAAAACGGACCCUCCUUCUCCAUUGCUAUCCAUUCAGACACCAGUACUGUUUACCCGUGGCAGACAGCCAAGAUGAAGUGUUCCCUCCGCAUCUCCGGAUCCUCACCAAAGACCGAUCACCUAGCCUAUGAGAUUCGUUGGUUUUUCACACGACUUCGCGGAGGGCAGACGACGACGCAAGUAGCCAGCGUGGACCGCUUCGGGGUUGUGCGUAAAGAGGAUCGCAACUCUUCCAGUGACGUUUCUAUCGAACGUGAGGACACGCACUCGUACACGUUGAACGUCCACGGCGCCCAUGACAGUGACAGCGGCGAGUACCACUGUGUGGUUACCCCCUGGUACCUGUCUGCCUCCACGGGGGCCUGGACCCAAGCCGGGGAGUUGACGUCUUCCAGAAUCUUCCUGACAGUCCGAUUUGCCGUGUGGGAGUCCCUAAAGUUGCCCCUCUUGUAUGGCGUUUCAGCAUCAAUAGGUGUGGGCCUCUUCUCGCUGGUCCUGGGCCUGGUUUGCGCCCAGUGCUGCUGCCGCGACAUGGCGCACACUCCCCGCUCACGCAACAAAUUGAUGGACCUGGAGAUGGACUGACAAAUACUUUCCCCUGCGCCCUCCCACUACAGCGCCCCCAGGAAACAGCAAACGCCCAACAGACACACGCCCGUCAACGACUUGUGGGACACCCAGUUGUUUCCGAGUAGAGGACGUUGGGAGUAAAACGGGCGGCGGGCGCGUUUCCUUGGGGGCCCAAUUCAAGGAAGUAUCUCGAGAGGGAUUUCAGCACUGCAGUGGAGGAGCAGGGAGUUGUUGUUCUUUUUUUUUUUUACUUUUACAGGCACAGGAGAUUUCACUGCCAUGUGGGAACAAAGGACCACUUAUCUACCAAACACUAACAAAUGAAAAGCUCGGGUUCUGCCUUUGUGCAAACUACAGCCACAUUUUGAAUGCCAACGUGGACUGUUCAGUCAGCCUGAGCCUCGUUUCGGCGGCGGUUCCGGAGCGGCCGGAGAAAGUCGUCUCCCCCCCCCACCCCGCCGCCCUUCCCCACGCAAGAGGCAUUGCACUAGCGACCCAGAGUGUUCCUUCCUACCUUAACGAAUGGACGAUAACUAACUUUUCUUCUCGGCUCUAUUUUUUUGAAAAUUAAGAGAUUUUAAAAGUCGGACCGAUUUUUAUGCAUCCCAAGGAGACAUGCAGUGUGUGUGCGUGUGUGAUGUCACUUAUUGAGAAAUAUUUUGUGCGUUGUGUGCACAGUGCCAGUGUGCAUGUUGUAUUUUAUAGUGAGCAGCGGGAGAUGUUUUCAGGGUUACAUCAAACACUCCCAAAAGUUGCUGUCACUCCACUACUUGUAGUCAUGUGUUCACCCCAAAACCCUUCUCUCCCAAAAAGUCAGUGUUGCAUUUAAAUUUGCACCUUUUCAGAUCAUUACACCUUCCAACAAUGAACGCAUCCUCCAUCUUUGCCCCGUGUAAUCGAAGCAAGGUCAAACUGCCAUAUUUGUAGACCUUGUUGAGUGUUUUUUUAAAAUCUUGCGUGGUGCCUUGAAAUACGACCUGAAUUUGUUCCCCGCCCAAGCCAAACGCUCAUCUUAAAUCAUAUUUCCCCAUUGAAAUGAAUGGGAAUGGCAUUAAUCCGUGCCAGACCCUGAAAAGCAACAAUUUGUGUAUUUUCAAAAAAAAAAAAGAAAUAGCACUCUGCAAUGUACUUUAU